AAAUCACAUAACAUAAAAUUGUUGAGAGAAGCAUAUAAAAUGACGACGGAGUACUAUGAAGAUGAUGAUGAAGGGUUUCACUUUGAUCCCUCAGACGACGAAAUCAUCAAUUGUUAUCUUAAACCGAUGCUAAGAGGUGAAUACCGUGGAAGAGACUUCAUAGGGAUGGAGGAUGUUUAUGCCAAGGAGCCAUGGUUGCUUAACCAAACCAACCAUCCUAUUCUCCAGGAAGACGAGUGGUAUUACUUCACCACAAAGACUCAGAUCUCCAAAGAGAAGGUUGGUUGUGGUAAGUACUCUAAGCGGAAGAUCAUCGGAGACGAUGGCACUGACCUUGGGAACUGGAGUGCGAAUGGGACAAAAGAUAUCAUCGACGAGGAGACAGGGGACAUCAUCGGGAUAAGGCAGAACUUAACGUAUCAUAGCCCCAGGAAGAGCAAGAAGCACAAGAGAGGAGACGGUGGUGCUGCUCCUAUUGAUGUUUCAUGCAGCUGGAUUAUGGACGAGUUUAGGUUACCUACUGACAAAGAUAACGAGACGUUCCAGGAGUUGGUCCUCUGCAAGAUUCACAAGAAAAAAUGGUGCAAGAAGAAGGGGAAGGGGAAGGAGAUUGCUCAUCAUGAGGAAGAUGAGGAUGAUGAGGAUGAUGAGGAGAUAGUCCCCUGCAAGAAGCAUACGAAAAGGAAGUCCAAGAAGAAGAAGGAGUUUUAUCAACAUGAUGAUGAAGCUUCUACUUCUACUAGUCAUUAUGAUCAGCAUGACCCUUAUUCUUCCUGGGAGCAGCAGCAGCAAAAGGAAGCACUCAAAACUAGUCAUUAUGGUCAGCAUGAGCCUUCUUCUUACUGGGAGGAGCAGCAGCAAAAGGACACACCCACAAUAGAGAAGGAGCUCACAGAGAUUACAGGGGAAGGCGGAGGAGAUUGGACUGCCUAUAUGAUAGAAAAGUUGAUGGCAGACGUGGAUGGAACUGGUCAAGUACCUGAAAAAGCUUCUACUUGUACUAGUCAUUAUCAGCAGCAUGAGUCUUCUUCUUCCUGGAGGGAGGAGCAGCAGCAAAAGGACUCACCCGCAACAGAGAAGGAUGAGCAGGUUGAAGCCACAGAGAUUAGACGGGAAGACGAAGAAGAGUGGACUGCCGAUAUGAUAGAAGAGUUGAUAGGAGCACCAAUAUUCUGA